AUGCUGCUCUCAAUAGUGGAAUUCGUGGUGCACUUGGCUCACGAAAUGUUGUGCUACACACUUGGCAUCUCUUGUUCCAUUCCACCGACCCCAGUGCCAACAAGCAGCACUAAACAAGGCGCUGGCGGAAGGCUGGGAGGAGGAGGAGGUGACCGAGAACUAGUACAGUUCGGCCGAGAGGGUGUGGGAGGCGGUGGGCGAGGCGCCGAGACUCCGCCCACUUUAGGAGGAGACGCAAUGAUUCCUUUGACUUCUGCGUCUUCUUUUCCACCGUCGUCGUCGUCGUCGUCGCCUUCAGCAGAAUCAUCGUUGAUUCGAAAGUUUCCAUUUCUUUUUUCAUCAACGUCUUCUUCAUUGAAACCGCAAUCGUUUUGUUUUUUGGAACCUUCUGAAUCUCCUUCCGAUCCUUAUACAUCUUCUUCUAGCUCACACGCGUGCGAUCAUUGCGACUCGUACGUUUGGCAUGCGACAUCGUCACUAGCCACAACAUCACUACUUUUACUCGCCGUCGCCACAACGCUAACCAUGCUGAAAGUGGUGCGAAGCUAUUCGAAGAAGGCCGAGCGGAAGUCGGAGUCCUCUCGUGCCGGAAGUCAACAACACCUUCAUUCGAGCAACAGUCAACAACAACAAGCAAUCGGAGGAUCCGCAGGAGGAGGAGGACAGAACUCGUCGAGCUACUAUGAGGAGUAUAGAAACGGUGGUGCUGGUGGUUAUGGAGGAUCUGGCAACGGACACGUCGUCGGAGCGAACGGACAAAUCAUGCAUCACGCCGACAAUCGACACCUUCAGAAUGCGUAUCAGACACACCAGCAGGGAGGGUUCUCGGAGAGCUCGAGCUACGAGACGCGAGAGCACUUUGAGAGGAAGGUGCAACGGGUGAAGAAGACGCGUGGCGAGCGGGAACGAUCCAGAUCCAUGAGGAGGGACGAGGUAGAGUUUUUGGACUAUCUGGAAACUUCUAGAGCUCUUGGAUCCUUAGAAAUCGAUUUGGAGCAAUUCAGCUUCCAUCUAGCUUGA